GAACAUUGUUACUACCAUGGCUACAUUAGAGGAUACCCUGAUUCAUUUGUUGCCCUGUCGACAUGCCAUGGACUCCACGGAAUGUUCUAUGAUGGGAACCAUACAUAUCUUAUCGAGCCAGAAGAAAAUGACACCUCCCAGGAGGACUUCCAUUUCCAUUCAGUUUACAAAUCCAAACUGUUUGAAUAUCCCUUGGAUGACCUGCCAUCUGAAUUUCAACAAAUGAACAUCACUUCUCCAAAGUUCGUUGUGAAACCAAGACUAAAAAGGAGUAAAAGGCAGCUUCGUCGGCAUCCACGCGAUGUAGAAGAGGAAACAAAAUAUGUUGAACUGAUGAUCGUGAAUGAUCACCUGAUGUUUAAAAAACAUCGGCUGUCAGUGAUGCAUACAAAUACCUAUGCUAAAUCCGUGGUGAACAUGGCAGAUUUAAUCUAUAAGGAACAACUUAAGACAAGGAUAGUGUUGGUUGCCAUGGAAACCUGGGCAGCUGACAACAAGUUCACCAUAUCUGAAAAACCGCUGACAACCCUACGUGAGUUCAUGAAAUAUCGGAAGGAUUUUAUCAAAGAGAAAAGCGAUGCCGUCCACCUUUUCUCGGGAAGUCGAUUUGAGAGUAGCCGGAGUGGGGCAGCUUAUAUUGGUGGCAUUUGCUCGUUGCUGAAAGGAGGAGGAGUGAAUGAAUUUGGGAAAACGGAUUUAAUGGCAGUCACUCUUGCCCAGUCAUUAGCACAUAAUCUUGGUAUUUUCUCAGACAAAAGAAAAUUAGUAAGCGGUGAGUGUAAGUGUGAAGACACAUGGUCUGGAUGCAUAAUGGGAGACACGGGCUAUUACCUCCCGAAAAAGUUCUCUCAGUGCAACGUCGAUGAGUAUCAUGACUUCUUAAAUAAUGGAGGUGGUGCCUGCCUCUUCAAUAAACCGUCCAAGUUAUUAGAUCCUCCCAAGUGUGGCAAUGGCUUCAUUGAGACCGGAGAAGAGUGUGACUGUGGCACACUUGCAGAGUGUGCCCGGGAAGGAGCAGAUUGCUGUAAGAAGUGCACCUUGACAGAAGGCUCUCAGUGCAGUGAUGGUCUCUGCUGUAAAAAGUGCAAGUUUCAACCUAUGGGAACUGUAUGCCGGGAAGCAGUGAAUGAUUGUGAUAUUCAGGAGACGUGUACGGGGAACUCCAGCCAGUGUGCCCCAAACGUCCAUAAAACGGAUGGCUAUUCAUGUGAUAAUUUCCAGGGCAUUUGCUUUGGAGGAAGAUGUAAAACCAGGGACAGACAGUGCAAGUACAUCUGGGGGCAAAAAGUGACUGCUUCUGAUAAAUACUGCUAUGAAAAACUGAAUAUUGAAGGGACCGAGAAAGGCAACUGUGGGAGAGACAAAGACACUUGGAUUCAGUGCAACAAACAGGAUGUACUUUGUGGUUACCUCCUAUGUACCAACAUUGGUAACAUUCCAAGGCUUGGUGAGCUAGAUGGGGAAAUCACAUCCUCUCUAGUUGUGCAGCAGGGAAGGACAUUAAACUGCAGUGGUGGUCAUGUUAAGCUUGAAGAAGAGAUAGACCUUGGCUACGUUGAAGAUGGGACACCAUGUGGCCCCGAAAUGAUGUGCCUAGAACGUAGGUGUCUCCCUACUGCCUCUUUCAACUUCAGUACCUGCUUGAGUAAAAAAGAAAAUGCGAUUUGUUCAGGAAAUGGGGUUUGCAGUAAUGAAAUAAAAUGUGUCUGUAACAAGCAUUGGAUAGGUGCAGACUGUAAUACUUAUUUACCGUACAAUGAUGGCUCAAAAUCUGAUCUAUCUGGGCCUGGCAAUGGUGUUGCUGGCAAAAUAUCAUAAUAGGGAUAAUUACUGGCACUAUUUUGGUGCUGGCUCUCAUAUUAGGAAUAGCUGCAUGGGGUUACAAAAAUUAUCGAGAGCAGAGGUCAAACGGACUCUCCCAUUCCUGGAGUGAAAGGAUUCCAGAUACAAAACAUAUUUCAGACAUCUGUGAAAAUGGAAGACCUCGAAGU